AUGACAACACGAAAAAAAGGAGGGGAUGGCUCAGGCGACGUUCUCGGUGGCACCUCAAGUCCGAGUGAUUCCUUAGGUUAUGUGAAAUAUGGUGGCAGAAGCAUAGGGGGCGAUGCCUCCCAUCUUUUACAAGUGGGUGGUGCUAGUUGUAGGGAAGGUGAACCCUCGUGUAGCGUGCAAGAAGACGGCGCCUAUGGCGCUGGGCUGGAUGGAGACUCCUCAGUUGCUGGGUUUGGCGAUGCCCCAUCAGUUGAGCCCGACCUGGAUGGGCUGGACAGUGAAUCUAGCCUCGACUCCAGGCGACCAGGCGUUGGCCUAGGCAACCUCGGGCUGCAUACUCAACCAAGUGAUGCCAGACACUCCCUUAGGCUAGCGGAAGAUGGAAGGCCACAUCCUAGGGUGCUAGGAAGUGGUGCUUUGUACACUAGCAAUGUGGUCGGGGGUUUCCUAGGCAAGACAAACGAAGGCGAAGUAAGCGAUGCCUUGGGUUGCGCACAGGCAGGCGGUGCCCCAAGUUUGAUGAGUAGCAACGGUGAACCUGAUAGCCAACUAGUCGGUAUUGGAGCAAAAGAGAGAGGAGUCGAAUGCAUAGGCGACACCUUUGUGUGA